GGUUUUGGUCAAAGGUAAAAGGGUUCUGGUCACAGUGUUCUGGUCAAAGGUCACAAAGAUCUGGUCAAAGGUCACAAGGUUCUGCUCAAAGGUCACACUGUUUUGCUCAAAGGUCAAAGGGUUCUGGUCACAGGGUUCUGGUCAAAGGUCACAAAGUUCUGCUCAAAGGUCACACUGUUUUGCUCAAAGGUCAAAGGGUUCUGGUCACAAAGUUCUGGUCAAAGGUCACAAGGUUCUGCUCAAAGGUCACACUGUUUUGCUCAAAGGUCACAGGGUUUUGGUCACAAGGUUCUGGUCAAAGGUCACAGGGUUUUGGUCACAAGGUUCUGCUCAAAGGUCACAGGGUUUUGGUCACAAGGUUCUGCUCAAAGGUCACAGGGUUUUGGUCACAAGGUUCUGCUCAAAGGUCACAGCGUUCUGCUCAAAGGUCACAGGGUUGGUCACAAGGUUCUGGUCAAAGGUCACAAGGUUCUGGUCAAAGGUCACAGGGUUCUGGUCAAAGGUCACAAGGUUCUGGUCAAAGGUCACAGGGUUUUGGUCACAAGCUUCUGGUCAAAGGUCACAAGGUUCUGGUCAAAGGUCACAGGGUUUUGGUCACAAGCUUCUGGUCAAAGGUCACAGGGUUCUGGUCAAAAGUCACAAGGUUCUGGUCAAAAGUCACAAGGUUCUGGUCAAAGGUCACAGGGUUCUGGUCAAAAGUCACAAGGUUCUGGUCAAAAGUCACAGGGUUCUGGUCAAAAGUCACAAGGUUCUGGUCAAAGGUUACAAGGUUCUGGUCAAAGGUCACAGGGUUCUGGUCAAAAGUCACAAGGUUCUUGUCAAAGGUCACAAGGUUCUGGUCAAAGGUCACAAGGUUCUGGUCAAAGGUUACAAGGUUCUGGUCAAAGGUCACAGGGUUCUGGUCAAAAGUCACAAGGUUCUGGUCAAAAGUCACAAGGUUCUUGUCAAAGGUCACAAGGUUCUGGUCAAAGGUCACAAGGUUCUGGUCAAAGGUCACAAGGUUCUGGUCAAAGGUCACAGGACUACACACUGA